UUUGACAGAAUAUGCAGAAAUUAUUAUUUUUUGUAUUAUUAUUAUUAGUAUUCUUAAUAAGCAUUCAAUGCUUAGAAGAUAAUCGAUAUACAGAAAAUACCUGUCCAUGUCCCAAAUGUUCAGAAAAUGCAAACAACUGUUGUUGUGGCGGUUGGUUAGGACUUCAUUGCGGAACACGAGUGGACAGUGAGGACAUUGAUGGCGAAAAAUUGUUGGUUGGAAACUGUAUUCGUAAAGCAUUCUACCAGUGCUCAGAAAUUGACAUUAAGGCCACAUUUAAAGGUCUUUGUCCUAAUUGUCAAAAUAACAAUGAAAAUCCCGGUCAAGAUAAAUGCCUGUCCCCUACGUUCACAAAUUUAUUUUAAAUUGUAUUAUCAAUUAAAUAUUUUAAUAA